AUGACUUUAUCCGUGACACUACCAAGACAAGGUCCAAGGAAAAAAACCAUUGGUAUACAAAAAGUCCCUCUUGAGUUUGAAGAUAAUGAACAUGCGGAAACAAGCUCGAGUAUAACUGCAGGUUCCGAAAGGGGGAACAUCGCAGUACCCGUAUUCCUGUACAAUGGCGACGACUUUGUUUUGAUAAAGCAUUUGGCUGCAUUGUGGAAUUUUUUAUCCUCGUACCAAUUGAUUUUGUUACUUGCAAAGCACGGGAUUAAAAAAGAAGACAUUCCUCAAACUGAUCCCACCAUUAAUGACACCCUAUUAAGUCAAGGGGCUAUAUCCAAGGAGGACCACUCGAAUAGGCUUUUUUACAUAUCCUUGCCUUUAAUUUAUUCGAAAAUUGCAAACAAGGAUGUGUUUUACAAUGAUGGCUACGCUAAAGAAAAUUCGGUUGAAAAAGAGUAUGAUCUUGCUGCAUCUAAUAGCAUAACGCUGGUGGCUUCAGAGGGAAAGGAGGAAGAACCACUUAUAGACGAUGAAGAGGAAGACGAGGUUGAUGAUGUGGAUGACGAAAGAGGUAUAGAAGGACAACAUGAUGAAGAAGCUUUGUCAAAGCAGGCCAGACAUCACCAUUUUCACAAACGUAAGUAUAGCCUGGAAACGCUUGGCGAUGACAAGGUGACAGUGAGCCAAGUAUUUCCACAAUACGGCAUUGUCGAAUCCACCACUCGGUUGAAUCACACUCUGUUUGGUACUUUGAAUCCGUCAACAAAGUUGAAUUAUUACAAGACUCUUCUGUCUCCUGGGAUUAGGUUCCUUCCUAAUAGCAAACUUAAUUUUAACGAGAGGGAGUUACUUUUGGGGUCAAACAAUUUUCUGGAUGUACAAAUCGAAGAGAGCUCAGAUUCCUUGAGUAGACAGGGUUUGAAAAAACCACUCGGCAGAUCAAGGAAAAACAAUAUUCACAUUGAUCCUAAUAGCUUGGAUUUGAGUGAAUCGGUCGCUCCUGGACAGGGCUAUAUUCCUGAAUUCAGUGUUAGUCAUUUGUGCAAAGUGCCCAACUAUUAUAUCACAUCGAAUCAGCAAGCACCGCUGCAAUCAUUUAAUACAAAAAAAUUGAACACAACCUCGAACUCAUCUUUUCUUUUCAACGAUGGAAUCAAGAUGUCGAAAAACAUUCAGCAGCUAGUUUUCAACAACGAAAGCGAUAACUAUCAUCAUUCGAAAUAUUUUUACACAAAGAGUUACCGAGGUCCGGGAUCGGGAAACUACAAGGAUGGCGCAUUGAUGAAGAAAAUAAGUAAGAUUCCAAUGACUAAUGAUAGAAGGAAGUUCCAUAAGACGAAGCUUUCGAACUGGGAGAAGCAAAACAAGUCCUUAAAGGGAUUGGCUCAUGAAAGGUUCAAUAAGGAAGCUGUGGAGGGGCUACUCUCGGAGCAGCGAAAGUAUACGGAAGACUAUCUAAAUCUCGAGAUGUUACACAACAGUGUACAAUUUAACUUUUUGCUUAAUUCUUAUCGCGAAAUAUCAGAGGACACGUGGAACUGCUAUUUCAAGUUCAAAUUAUUCGAUCUUGAACAGUAUAAGGCUUUGCAGCUGGAAAGAAGUGAACUCAAGGAAAAAGAGCGUGUUUCAUUGGAGCAUAGAAAAUGGGCUGAGGACAACAAGCUUCGUGAAGAAAGACUUCGAAUGAUAUUUAGUGAUGAACAUGCAGCUAUAGAGAAACUAAAGCAGGAGUUUGUUGAAAAAAGGAAGGAGUUGGACGAAGUUAGGAGACGCUCGGAGUUGGCAGCAUCCUUUGAGGACUCAAUGAAUGAGAAUGACGAACAGGAAAAGGUUGCGGAGAAGUUAAAGUCUCUUGAUUCGGAGUUUAACAAGAAGCAGAAUGAUCUAACACGCGACUUUGAAUUAAAAAAGAAGCAAUUUUUCACGCCUUUGAAACCUCCGCAACCAGCAGAAACUCCUCAACUAGAUAUUGUUUCGAAAUUCGUUUCGCCCGCCAAGCAUCCGGAAAUAUUGAGACAACUACCCUUAGAGUUGAGGGACUCCGCCGAUUUAAGCAAAGACGAGGUCCCAUCAAUCAAGAACCCAAUAAAGUAUGUUACUACAUUUCCGACAAGUACCAACGAUGAGUACUUGACAAGAAUUGAGGUGGUGAAAUUACCGAAUUCAAACUCUAUUGGAUGGGACAACCUUAGAAAGUAUAAAGAGACUUAA